AUGAUGUUUGGACGACUACGAUUGACGAAGACCGAGACAGUGGCGGCUACUCGGUCCGUCGCAUCGCCGGCAUCUUUCGUCGCCGUGGUCUUCUUCUCGCCGAUCCUCGGCGGGAACUGGAUCGUCUGUGCCGAUGGUAGCAGCGGUGGCGCCGCGAGGAACGGCUACUCCGGCGGAUUAUGGUCGUCUGCUGUUGCUCCUUCCAAUGUUGGUCUAGCUGUGGCAGUCACCGUCAUGGCCGGUCUUGCCGUGGCUUUCACCGUCGUCUACUCCCGUAGAGGAAGCAUUGGAUCACCCUGGUCACUGAGAAGAAGAAAGCAUGCUCUUCAACCUAAACAGUGGAAUGCUUUUUUCACAGAGGAAGGGCGACUCAAUGAUGGAGGUGUCAAAUUUCUUAAGAAAGUUCGCAGUGGGGGUGUGGAUCCAAGCAUCAGACCAGAAGUUUGGCCUUUCCUCCUUGGAGUGUAUGACUUAAACAGCACCAAAGAAGAACGAGAUUCUAUCCGACAGCAGAAGCAGAAGGAAUAUGAAAACCUGCGGAGGCAGUGUCGCGAGAUUCAUGAACGUAAUGAAAAUGUCUGUGACUCAGAGCAGACAGCUCAGAGCAGCAGCAACACCGAAGACAGUCAGGUUCUUGAUCCCCCUGAUAUUGAAGAAGCUGACAGUUCCACGAGAUCCAUCCCUGUAGAAGAAUCAGAGAAGUUGAAAUCAGAACCGACUUUGCUGGAUGGGGACUGUGAAAGGAGCGGUGUCACCUCCGAAGAUGCUGCUGCUAGUGACUCAGACACAACCAGCUCUGAAGAAACUGAGACGUCACCACUUCUGGCUACCCAGGAGGAAGUCGUUAACCAAGAAGAAGAAACUGAGUCGUCACCCCUUCUGGCUACCCAAGAAGAAGAAAAUGCGUCUGCAUCGAAGCAAAAAUCUCAGACAGACGAGGAUUUCAUGACUACGUGGCAGAGAAUCAUCCGGCUGGAUGCAGUGAGAGCAAAUGACGAAUGGGUGGUCUACUCACCGUCUCAAGCUGCUGUUUCAGAGACAAAAGCCCGGGGAAUAGCCAUACAGGUUGGUCUCAUUGACUACGACCACUUGGAGCCCUGCCGGAUCUUCCACGCAGCCCGGCUGGUUGGGAUCCUUGAAGCCUACGCAGUCUACGACCCGGAAAUCGGAUACUGUCAAGGAAUGAGCGACUUGCUAUCUCCUUUAAUCGCAGUGAUGGAAGACGACGUCUUGGCAUUCUGGUGCUUUGUUGGGUUCAUGAGUAAAGCAAGGCAUAAUUUCAGGCUAGACGAGGUUGGAAUCAGGCGGCAGCUCUCAAUGGUGUCGAAAAUCAUAGAAUUCAAGGACAUCCGCUUGUACAGACACUUGGAGAACCUCGAAGCACAAGACUGCUUCUUUGUGUACCGGAUGGUGGUGGUUCUGUUCAGACGAGAGCUAACCUUUGAGCAGACGCUUUGUCUGUGGGAGGUCAUGUGGGCGGACCAAGCCGCGAUACGAACCGGGAUUGCAAAGGCGACUUGGGGGAGAAUCCGGUUGAGGGCACCACCCACAGAAGAUUUGUUGCUUUACGCGAUAGCGGCAAGCGUGCUGCAGAGGAGGAAGACGAUCAUAGAGAAAUACAGUGGGAUGGAUGAGAUAAUGAAGGAAUGUAACAGCAUGGCUGGUCAUCUUGAUGUUUGGAAACUUCUAGACGAUGCACAUGACUUGGUCGUCAAUCUUCACAACAAGAUCUGA